CGGUCCGAGGGAAAGGAGGAAGAAGGAGAUUGUGAUGGAGAAAGGGGGUCUGUAAAACGUCAGGCACGGCACAAAGGCUUUGCCACGUAAUUACAGGCUCCUAUUAAGUCGAGAUCUGCCCUCCCAGGGGUCUCCAAUUUUCUUGUGUUCCCUACAAAGCCUCCUCUGCAUGCCAGUUUGUGCCUUUUGAAGUGCCAGAGAGCUUCUUGAUCCAACUGAGAAGGAAAAAGGAGCUCAGCAAGAAGAGGGGGAGAGAGAAGGGAAAGGGGGGAACCCAGCGCCACCCUCCUUCGUACUCUUGAAGCCCUAUUUUUUUUUAUUUUAUCUUUUAUUUUUUUACUCCUUACGAAAAGUAAAGUGAGAAUCCUGCUCUCUAAUACAUCUGCAAGACAUCACCCUCUCCUCCUGAAACUUUAGUCACUCCUGAGAAUCCACAGGAGUGCAGAGAGGGGGGAACACGUUUGCUUGAAGAUGUUUUAAAGCUGGAACAAGCCUUCUUCUGUUGAUGCUUGAACUCUUGCCUGGGAAUAACUUUUUUAACCCCCUUUAAAAAAAAAAUACCACUUUGAUUCUUCUCUCCCACCCCUUCUUCUCUCCUCUUCUGUUUGCCUAACUCCCCCGCCCUGCCGGCCUCCCCUUUCCUCUCUCUCCCUUCCUAUUAUUUUUGGUGUGCGCGUGUGGACGCUUUUGAAGAGUUGGAAGGGACUUUUUUUCUCCUGACUUGAACACAGGGUGACUUUUUAAUUUUAUUUUUUGGUGUGGAUUAUCUCUUUGGACCGCGCCGGAUUUGGCUUCAGGAAAGCAACCAAGGCUGCCGAAGGCUCCUGGUGCAGAACGCCGUGCUCUGCAGAAGGGGGUCCCCCGCCUUCUUUUCCACUUUUUUUUGGGGGGGGCCUUCCUCUCCUUCCCUCCCUCCUUCUCUCUCUCUCUCUCUCUUUCUCUUCCCUCUCUCUCUCUCCCUCUCCACUCCCCCCUCUUUCUUCCCCACUCGGCUCCUCUCCCCCCUCGCGCCCACAGCGUUUGGUGUUGAUUCGAGCGGGAAGAGGGGGGUGGGUGGGAUCGGAGGGGGAGACCAUGACCUCCAGCUACGGGCACGUUCUGGAGCGGCAACCGGCGCUGGGCGGCCGCUUGGACAGCCCGGGCAACCUCGACACCCUGCAAGCGAAAAAGAACUUCUCCGUCAGUCACCUGCUAGACCUGGAGGAAGCCGGGGACAUGGUGGCGGCACAAGCGGACGAGAGCGUGGGCGAGGCAGGCCGGAGUCUGCUGGAGUCGCCGGGACUCACCAGUGGCAGCGACACUCCGCAGCAGGACAAUGACCAGCUGAACUCAGAGGAAAAGAAGAAGAGGAAGCAGCGGAGAAACAGGACAACCUUCAAUAGCAGCCAGCUGCAGGCUUUGGAGCGUGUCUUUGAGCGGACACACUACCCUGAUGCUUUUGUGCGAGAAGACCUGGCCCGCCGGGUGAACCUCACCGAGGCCAGAGUGCAGGUGUGGUUUCAGAACCGAAGAGCCAAGUUCCGCAGGAACGAGAGAGCCAUGCUGGCCAAUAAAAAUGCUUCCCUCCUCAAAUCCUACUCAGGAGACGUGACUGCGGUGGAGCAGCCCAUCGUACCUCGUCCUGCUCCAAGGCCCACCGAUUAUCUCUCCUGGGGGACAGCCUCUCCGUACAGUGCCAUGGCUACUUACUCUGCCACAUGUGCCAACAAUAGCCCUGCACAGGGUAUCAACAUGGCCAACAGCAUUGCCAACCUGAGACUGAAGGCCAAGGAAUAUAGUUUACAGAGGAACCAGGUGCCAACAGUCAACUGAGGAAAAUAAAUAAUUAAACAGGCCUAAGAAGAAAUCAAAAACCAUAAGACACCUAUCCUGCUCUAUCAUUUCUUCAUCUGCUGGGAAAAAAAAAAAAGAGUAAAAACAAACAAAUGAAAAACAGAACUAAAAUAUUGGGACCAUGGCAGAGAAAAGCAGGAGAGGAGCAAAAUGAAAAUUAGUUAACAAGUGUUCCUCCUCCCUUUGGGAUACCACCACCACUUGUUUCUGUGUGUGUUUAUUUUGUUUUUCCUUCUAUUCAUGCUUUGCUUAAUAUACUCUGAGCUUCUUCAGUUAGGUUCAGCCCACCCACCCCCAUAAUUAUGUUUUAAAAAACUCUGCAGCAGUCAAGAAGCCAUAUAUAUAUUUAGAAUGAUUGCCUAUAGUUCCUCACUGACCUGUUCGAAACUCGGUGUCUUUCCCUGUCCUCUUCCCAGUUCUCUGUGUAGAAGCUCCAGGAACUUUUGAAAAGCCAAAGUUUUUCUGAAGAAUCUGUGCCAGAUAUGAUUCCCUUUCUCAUUGCCUUCAUCUCUGUUGGUCAUGGUAAGGUUUUUCCACCAGCUACUGGGAAAGAAAAAAUUGUGUACAACAUCUGGUCACUGGCCUAUCUGAUUCAAUGUGGUUGGCUGUGUCUGGCUAAUUCUAAUAUUUAAGCUCUAGAUUUAAGCUCCAGAUCUAAGGUCUAGAUUUAAGCUCUAAGCUAUAAAUUAUAAUAUCACCAUCGUCACCACCCCUCACCCCCAUCCAAACAUCUUAAGUUAAAGGUAUUUGUUGUCUUUGAAUGAUUUGUUGUCACUGAAAGAUUUCUUGUCACAGGCUAUUUGACAGAAGAAUUAUUUUUCACUUGAGAGAGAGAAAAAUUUCUCCAGGAAAACAAAGACUAAGUUGGCCUACAUCUCUUUGGUGCCUUAACAGUAGUCAGACGCACACAUAUAUAUACUGUAUAUAUUUAUAUAUUUUAUAUAUAAAAUAUUGCGAGCUGUUUGCAGUUCCUCAAACACUACAAAAAGCAAAUUUUAUACCAUCACCACUGUUCUUAUCUCUAUAAUGAUGAGACUUGCUAAUUAUGGAUCUUGCUAAUUUUCUUUUUUCUAUGCAAAAUUCUCAUUAAGGCCACAGAGCAAUUGAUAGGGCACCUUUUUUAAGAACAGGUUUUAUUUUCACAUUAAGACUUUCAAUGAAUUAAAAAGCUAUUUGAGACUACAAAAAUGUCUUUGAGUCUGGAGCCUGAGCUCUGGGGAAUGCUGAUCUGUCAUGGGAAUUACAUCCUGAUCUAUCGUGGGAAUUAAACUUAGAGAGAGGAGGGAAAGACAUUUAGUCAUCUGCUUUCUCCACUCAACAAGAAUCUAAAAGACACCUGUUAAAGUGGAAAACAUAAAGGUUGAUCUAAAUUCCAAAACUUUAAAAGGCGAUCAUAGGCUAUUUUUAUUUUUUAAUGUUUUGAAUUAAAUUUGAGCAUCUAGAGUUGGGAGCCAGGACUGAUCUUUCUUUCCUUCUUCCUCUUUGUUCCCAGCCAUGCUUUUGUAACUUGCCAGGUGGACUUGACCAAACCACAUUACCAUGCGGUGCCUCAGUUUACCUGUUUGUAAAAUGGGUUUAAUAAUACUUACCUACCUCACAGGGGUGUUGUGAGGCUCUAUUCAUUUGCUCCUUUAUUUUUUCCUGUAUUCUCUGGAUGUCCAGCACUUUGUAGCCUUGGGAGAAAAGGGACUCUAAAAGUAUACAAUGUUAAUGGAAUGGUACGGUACCUAGAGGCCUUGUUUUCUAGUAAGGAAAUGCUACCUUGCUAUAUGUACUUACCACCUUGAAUUUGGAAAUGAGAAAUAGGUUUACAUUUUCAUAUCUCUCAAUAAUCACAUCAUUUGACUGAAGAAUAACUUAAGACACACAGAGCAGUCAUAUGUUUAACUUAUAUUCUCUUCCUGACCAGGUUGGUUCUAAUAAUUUUAGUUAUCAGUGAUUAAAAAGCUUUAGAUUGAUUUUGGCCAAAUAUGCCAACUUUGUACUGUGAGUAACAGGCAAGGAAUUUUUGUUUUAAGAUGCACUUUUAGCACAUAUGUGUAUUUGCCUUGGCAUAUCAGAUUGAGCUAAUGGUGAUAUAUUUUCAGUCUAGCAGCCACCAAUCUGAAAAUGCGUUUCAAAUAUUGAUUCUGUAUUUCUUUCCAUAGUGAAAAGAAAGCCCAUCUUACGAUUUUACUUUCACCAACUGAUUCCCUCUUCUUUUAACCCACUAUUAAAAGCUUUCUUACUGAAUGGUUCAUGUAGGCUGGCUGAACAACACACAUUACUUGGUUCCUAGACAGUUCCUCGACACAUUCUUUUGUCCCAUUAGUUGCUGCGGAUUAUCAAGUUUCAAAGGAACAGUACAUCCUUACAGACUUAAACAUUAUUUGGUUUGUGAAGUGAGUGCAAUCCAACAAGUUGUUGAACUUUGUAGGUUUGGAGUUUGGGGAGAAUGGCUAAAAAAGGAUUUGGGUUAUAGGCAGGGAACAGAAAUCAUACAGGAAAAGGCUUUGCUUAAAAAAGGGAAGUCUUAGGAGAGGGAGUAAAGAGACAGAGAGUCAUGUGAAAUAAAGUCCUUUGAAACUUUAUCCAACAUUCAUUUCCAAUGGUGAGCAGAAAAGCCUAAACCCAAGAACCUGGAUGGUAGGUGAAAUUAGGUGGUUUUAUCCAAUGCCUUGGGCAAGUGAUGUCUGGGAAUAGCAAAGAGUAACCAGUGCUGGUCACACAUAGGGACAUUCAUUGCUGGUGAACCAGCACCACAAGCUUCUAUUAUCUAAGCACUUGAUCAAGAAGUAUGCACAUAGUACAAGCACUCAGUUUUGCUCAUUUAUUAUUGAUAUUUUUAAAAAAUACAAGUUUGAUAUGUGAUUUGGAGGAACUGCCUUCUAGCUCUUACGCCAGUUGUCAGCAGAGGGCCUCAGGGCCACAAGCUUCAAGGCAUACCCCUGGUAGUCACCGUCAUCAUAUCAUUAUACCCAGACACAGAUGAAUACAUACAAACUGUCUGUGUCCCCAAUACCUCCCCAAACAAGAUGAUGAUUUAUAAGGUACUUGGCAGGUUAAAUUAAACCAGAAGAGAUGACCUAAUAAAAAAAGGGAAAUGACAUUUAGGGUAUAAAGAUCUCAUAAGAAAUGUAAUAUGUAAAUUAUAUCUUGCUUUAUGAUGUAAAAUGUACAUUGUUUGCGCUAGAAUAGAAAUGAUUCCUUUUCAAUAAAAAGAAGGAUACUACUAUGUCCUUUGUUAUGUA